GUCGCUGUGGAGUAAAUAAUACAACUGCACAGCUGAAAAACGCCAGAAGAAGAGUCACCGGAAGUACCUCUUUUACACUAACGAAGAUUAAAAAAAAAUUUAAAAAAAGGAACUUUAGCUAACAGAGAUGAGGAGAGAGAACGAGAGGAAGUGGCUGCUGAAGAAAUGUUGGAGUUUCUAGAAACAACAGUCGCAGAUUAUAAAGAGGAACGAUGUCGUUAAAGGACAAACUCCAAAACAAGAAAACCCAAGAUGCUGUUUUCAACCCAAAAGUUCUACUUCACAGAUUAGUGGUCCCUGCAGAUGUUCAGCAGAUGGUGCGGAUUAAAGAAAAAGCUCCUGAAAUAUGGUUGCUUGGUGUGGACCAACAGGAUCCAGAGACCCUCAACAUAAAGGAGGAAGAGGAGGAACUGUGGCCCAGUCAAGAAGGAGAGCAGUUUUGUGUGAAAAAGGAGACUGAUGACACCGGGUUUGCAUUCACUGCUGUUCCUUUGAAGAGUGUGGAAGAUGAAGAGAAACCUCUGUUUUUACAGCUUCAUCAGCACCAAGUAAAAGGGGAAGAUCUUACAACCAGCAGCUCAGCUGACCAGAUGAAAGUAGCAACUGGUGGAGAGGACUGUGGAGGAGCAGAGACUACCAGGAACGCAGAUCUAAAUACUUAUGAAGAUGUUUGCAGCUCUUCAGAGACUGAAGUCAGUGAGGAUGAUGAAGGUGAUGAUGUGAAUGACUCUGACUCUCAGCUAAAAGACUUAUCAGACUCUGGGUCAGAAUCUGACAUUGGUGACAAAGACUGGAAGGAGGGCAGAGCUCCUGAGUCAGGCGUAAACACUGUCAACAAAUCUUGCAGUUCCACUGAGCAUGAGAAACAAUUUCACAAGACAAAUGUUCAGCAGAUGGUGCUUAUUAAAGAAGAAGCUCCUGAUGUACAGAUGCUUGGUGUGGACCAACAGGAUCCAGGGACCCUCAACAUAAAGGAGGAAGAGGAGGAACUGUGGACCAGUCAAGAGGGAGAGCAGUUUUGUCUUCAUCAGCACCAAGUAAAAGAGGAAGAUCUUCCAACCAGCAGCUCAGCUGACCAGAUGAAAGUAGCAACUGGUGGAGAGGACUGUGGAGGAGCAUAG